AUGUGGAAUAGGGUGGUUUCGCACCUUUCCAAUUUGGAGGAUGUUGCGAUUAAUUAUCUGAGAAGGUUCCCUUGUAUGGCAGAGUAUACUUAUGACCCUAUAAGUGCCCGAAUCACGCUCUUCUUGCUCGUUGUAGGGACGAUGGCGUUCAUAAACGAGCUUUACAUCACCAUCGAAAUGACUUUCCUGCAGAAAGAGACCUACGCAGAGCUGAAUAAAGCACCGCUCAAUGUGGAAGAUUUAAGGAAUCACCGGAUGGUUAUGGACGAUGAGUUUCACGGGCGGGAAUGGUGGGACGAGAAGAGCGGCAUUGUUAUCGAGGAAUUUGAGUCUCGUGAGCGGUUCUUUGCUAAACCUGUCCAUGUAGCACAUGUUUAUGUUGAGUGCAACAUCAUAGACGGUGAGACAGGUUCGGACUUGCUAUCGCGGCCUUUCCAAUUUCAUAUAGAGUUUUCGCCAGAGGAGUACGAAAACGAAAAAAGGCCAGAGUUUGGCUGCAAGCUCAUAGUGCUCAGACGCAAACUCUACCACUUCUUCAAGGAGACUGAGCUGUAUCAAGAACUUGUGGCUCACAAUUCAAAGAAAGAUGAAAGUGUGCGCUUCACUGUAUCGAGCGGCGUUAAAAUCUAUAACGCGGCGAAAGAGCUGUUACCUACCACAAUUGACGACAUCCAGCUAUGUUUCUUGAAGAUAGAAACUGGUGACAGCAUAAGAUGCGACUUUGUUGUGUAA